CUAGACUCCGCUCACUAACCCAAUCACCCAGCGAUUACUCAUCCAGUGAGGAAUUCGAACACCAUAGAAAGCCUCAAAGGAAGCGAACAAAACUGCAUCACGUGAUUCGGUCUCCUCUGAUUGGAUCUAGUAAUCAAACUCCAUAAAGCCAUGGUGGGAGUAUGCCGUUUAGGUUAAAUGACUGCAAAAGCAGUACGCUUGUCAACUUGUGCUGCAAUUUUCUCCUUAAUUUUACAAUUGAUAAGAUCUUUAUAUCUGAACAGGAUUUUGUGCAUAUUAUAAAAUGUCUGCCAGGUGCUCCAAGAUGCACAAACUCUAAUAAAGAAGAAUAUUGCUGCACAACAUUUGCCCAAGAUGCAAACUCGAGACAAAAAUGAAUUGAUACUACCGGAAUUUCUAAUUGGAAACUUUCAAAAGCUUUAUUGUAUGAGAUUUAUUUCCAUUUAUCAAAAUUAUUUCGCGUUGAUAGCAAAAAGAUCAUAAGGAAAAGUGCCAUAUCAAGUUCGUUUUGCAAAUAUAAUGAAUCUGUAAAAUUAAAAAGAAGAAAAAGAUUGAUACAUAUUGUUUAUAAUGACAGUUGUUGCGUAAAAUAACUGAUGUGCUGGAAGCAUUACUAUUAUUAUUGUUACGGAAAAUAUUUUGAAGUUACAAUGUCCGAUGAUUCCGAAUAUGACGUAGAACCGGAAGAGGUUGAUAUUUAUAAAAGGAAAUAUCAAUUACUGUUGGAUAGAUGUGAAGUUUUACAACAGGAAAAUGAGAGGUUGGUCUACAGAAUCCAGAAAGUAAGGAAGCUUCUUCGACGCACGAGGAAAGAGAAAAAAUUCUUGAUUGAUCGAUUGGAUCGACAUGGAGAUCGAUGGCGGGAAGCUCCAAUGGGUGUACUUGAAGAAAACAGUGUGUUUCAAACAACUCCAAAAUUAGAGAAAGGGGGAAAAGGUACCUCUCAUAGUGCUAAAGAGGAGAAGCCUAGAAAAGGAACGAAAAGAAAGAGCACAAAAGCUGAUCCAAAUGCACCAAAAAGACCUGCUAAUCCUUUCUUCCAAUUUUGUCAAGAGCAAAGACCUCGUGUGAUGGAACGUUUAGCUGGAGAACCAGAGCCUAGUAAGCAAGAACUUACUAGACAACUGGCAACUACUUGGAAAUCUCUCAGUUCUGAGGAUAAAAAAGUAUAUUAUGACAUGUAUGAGAGAUCCAAAGAGAAGUAUGUCGCUGAAAUGCAAAUAUAUAAUAAGAAAACGGAAGAUGCACCAUGUCAAUUGCCAGUAAAUAUAACGUAAUAUUUGGCAUUAAAGGAAUUAAUAUUAAUUGUGGAAGAAGGAUAAUAAGGAUAAUCAUACUUUUGUAAAAACAGUACAAUAGCAAUUAUAAAUAAGAAAAAUUACAAAUAUUUAUAGAUAGCUCCACGUAUCUUCUUUUGAUUCACCAAGUGCAUCUAUCAAUAAUGCAUGUGCAAGUACAUUUGAUUGACAUUGAUAGAUAUAUCAAAAACAAGAACAAGAAAUUUUUAUGCAGAAAAAUUUACAUUGUAAAGAUAAAGGGUUGCGAUAGUAGUGUGACAACUAAAACUCAGGAAGUUGAAUGAACCACAGAUAAAUGAGAAAAAAAGAUAAUAUAUAACUGGAUAUUUAUUUUGUUAUUGGAUAUCAUAACGCAUUAUACACACGAACAUAAAAAUAAAAUUUA